AUGAUAAACAAUGAUAAUACUACGACAACACCAACAACAACAACAACAACAACAACAUCUGAUACAAUUGAAUCAAGUCAAUCAGAAUUAAAAAAGUUAACAAAAGAUAAACUUUUAAAGAUAUGCAAAAAGAAUAAAAUAGCAGCUUCAAAAUCAUUUAGAAAAGAUGAAUUGAUUCAAUCGAUACUUGACUUUCAUUGUCAAAAUGAUGAGGUAAACAUUACACCUAAAAGUAAUCAUAGUAUGAAUGAAUUUCAUCGUGGUUUUGUCGAGUAUUCUCUUCCUACUACAACGAUCAUAGAGAUAUUAAGAGUGUGUUGGAGAUUAUGUUUACUCAACACCGAUAUUAUGAGACGAUAUAGAGAAGCAUUACAGCUGACUUGUAUCAACAAACAGUUUCAUGCGAUAGUUAGUCGAUGGUUCACACGUAUCAAGAAUAUCGAUAAAAAAGGGUUGGAAAGAGCUAUUACCAAUCCAAUGAAUCCAAUAACCAAUAUUGAUUCUAUUGUUUUCUUUGAUGGCGAACUCAUUCCAUUCACAAACAAGCGAAUAUCACAACUACAAUCAAGAAUUUGUGAAUCCAUUCAGAAACUUGUAUCCUCUAAUCCUCAGAUGAAUCAAUUACCCUUCAAACCGACACUCCAAGCCACAUUGAAAUUAUUCAAGAAUCUAAGAUCGAUCGAUCUCCAAUAUCAUCAUCUGAGUGGAGAUGACUUGCUUCAACUGGCGACCGUACCGACAUUGAUCAAUAUCAAAGCCAACGAAAUUCGACUUACUCGUGAGAAUCUAAGAUCUUUCUAUAGCGCAAUCAAUCAUCCAUUCAGAAAGAUCAUCUUUGAUCAUUUGUUUCCAUUUGAUCUCUACAGUUCGAUGCGUCCAGAAUUUCAUUGUUCUCUCAAAACAAUCGGUAGAGUCGCCAAUGAAUAUAAACCAGAUUUGCUAUUGAAUUCCACUCCAAUCACCAAUAGCAUUGCCAGUCUUCGAAAGAUACAGACUACCGCUUUCUUUCGUCAUCCCGAACACAUUUUUAAGGUACUCGAUGUGGAACACCUGGCAAUCACGCAUCUCACAAUAACAUCAGUAACCAUCUGGAUUCCUAUCAUAUUAAAGCUGCGAUGUCUUGAAGCUCUAGAAGAUACAAUUACACACAAAAGAAUCAAUCGAAACACAACACCAGAUGAAGAACAACCUCAGGUCUCAAUGAGAGAUGGAUUACCAAUUAGUAGCUACCAACAAAUCAUUAAAUCACCAACGCUUGACACGCUAAUUCUUUAUUUCAAUUCGAAUAGCGAACAGUCAAUGAUCGAUGAAAUCAACCAAUCACUCACACCAUUCAUAUUUUCACAUAAAAUAUUAGUUGCCAACACAAAAACUGAUUCAAACUAUGAAAAGCAUCGUUAUCAUUUUAAAAAAUGUAUUAAAUAA